AUGAUCUUUUUCUUCUCACAUUUGUCUCUCUCAGUAUUUUCUUUCUCUUUAUCUCUCUCACAGCAUACAUCUUUUCCCCUCCUCUCACUGGUUAUCACUCCCACUCUCUCCUCUCUGAAUACCUCUUUUCCUCUCCUGUCUCUGUCUCACUGGAUACCUCUUUCUCUUCCCCUUCUCUCUCUCUGGAUACAUAUUUCUCUUCCCUUUCUCUCUCUCUCUCUCUCUCUCUCUGGAUACAUCUUUCUCUUCCUCUUCUCUCUCUCUCUCUCUGGAUGCCUCUUUCUCUUCCUCUUCUCUCUCUCUGGAUGCCUCUUUCUCUUCCCCUUCUCUCUCUCUCUCUCUCUGGAUACCUCUUUCUCUUCCCCUUCUCUCUCUCUCUCUGGAUACCUCUUUCUCUUCCCCUUCUCUCUCUCUCUCUCUGGAUACCUCUUUCUCUUCCCCUUCUCUCUCUCUCUCUGGAUGCCUCUUUCUCUUCCCCUUCUCUCUCUCUCUCUGGAUACAUCUUUCUCUUCCCCUUCUCUCUCUCUCUCUCUGGAUACAUCUUUCUCUUCCCAUUCUCUCUCUCUGGAUACAUCUUUUUCUUACCUUCUCUCUCUCUCUCUCUGGAUGCCUCUUUUCUCUUCCCUUCUCUCUCUCUCUCGUGCCUCUUUCUCUUCCCUUCUCUCUCUCUCUCUCUGGAUACCCUCUUUCUCUUCCCUUCUCUCUCUCUCUCUCUCUGGAUACCUCUUUUUCUCUUCCCUUCUCUCUCUCUCUCUGGAUGCCUCUUUCUCUUCCCUUUUUCUCUCUCUCUCUCUCUCUGGAUACCUCUUUCUCUUCCCUUUCUCUCUCUCUCUGGAACCUCUUUCUCUUCCCUUCUCUCUCUCUCUGGAACCUCUUUCUCUUCCCCUUCUCUCUGGAGACCUCUUUCUCUUCCCCUUCUCUCUGGAGACCUCUUUCUCUUCCCCUUCUCUCUGGAUACCUCUUUCUCUUCCCCUUCUCUCUGGAUACCUCUUUCUCUUCCCCUUCUCUCUGGAUACCUCUUUCUCUUCCCCUUCUCUCUGGAUACCUCUUUCUCUUCCCCUUCUCUCUGGAUACCUCUUUCUCUUUCCCUUCUCUCUCUCUCGAUACCUUUCUCCUCCUCUUCUCACUCUCUCUUUGUACACCGUUUUCUCACUCUUCGCUUCCAACUAA